CCCCGCCUCUAGGGUCGACCUGUUUUUUCCCCGCCCCGGCACUCGCAGCGACCGCAGCGGCGGCCAAGGUGCUCCGAGCUUGACGCGAUGGGGCUUCCCGAGGAGCGGCGCAAGAGCGGCGGCGAGAGCCGGGCUCGGGAGGAGACCGGCGCCGAGGGCCGGGUGCGGGGUUGGUCCCCGCCGCCGGAGGUCAGACGCUCGGCACACGUCUCCUCUCUGCAGCGCUACCGCGAGCUGCACCGGCGAUCAGUGGAGGAGCCGCGGGAGUUUUGGGGAAGCAUUGCCAAGGAAUUUUAUUGGAAAACCCCAUGCCCUGGCCCAUUCCUCCAGUACAACUUCGAUGUAACUAAAGGGAAAAUAUUCACUGAGUGGAUGAAAGGAGCAACCACGAACAUCUGCUACAAUGUGCUGGAUCGAAAUGUCCAUGAGAAAAAACUUGGAGAUAAAGUUGCUUUUUACUGGGAGGGCAAUGAGCCAGGGGAGACCACCAAGAUCACAUACUGUGAACUUCUGGUCCAAGUGUGUCAGUUCAGCAAUGUUCUCCGUAAACAGGGUGUUCAGAAGGGUGACCGAGUGGCCAUCUACAUGCCUAUGGUCUUGGAACUCGUGGUGGCUAUGCUGGCAUGUGCUCGCCUUGGAGCUUUGCACUCCAUUGUGUUCGCAGGCUUCUCUGCAGAGUCUCUCUGUGAAAGGAUCUUGGAUUCCAGUUGUAGCCUUCUCAUCACCACAGAUGCCUUCUACAGGGGGGAAAAGCUUGUGAACCUGAAGGAGCUGGCUGAUGAGUCCUUGGAGAAGUGUCGAGAGAAGGGUUUCCCAGUGAGAUGCUGCAUUGUGGUCAAACAUCUGGGACGGGCAGAGCUGGGCAAGAAUGACUCCCCCAGCCAGUCUCCCCCAGUUAAGAGGCCAUGUCCAGAUGUGCAGGGUAAGCUGAAAGAGAAAUCCAAGUGCAUCCGACCCCAGAUCUCCUGGAAUGAAGGGGUUGACUUAUGGUGGCAUGAACUCAUGCAAGAGGUGGGGGAUGAGUCUGAGCCUGAAUGGUGUGAUGCUGAGGACCCACUCUUCAUCUUGUAUACCAGUGGCUCCACAGGCAAACCCAAGGGUGUGGUGCACACAAUUGGAGGCUACAUGCUCUAUGUGGCUACAACUUUCAAGUAUGUGUUUGAUUUCCACCCGGAGGACGUGUUCUGGUGUACAGCAGACAUUGGCUGGAUUACUGGUCAUUCCUAUGUCACCUAUGGGCCACUGGCCAAUGGUGCCACCAGUGUUUUGUUUGAGGGGAUCCCCACAUACCCAGAUGAGAGCCGCUUGUGGAGCAUUGUGGACAAAUACAAGGUGACCAAGUUCUACACAGCACCAACAGCAAUCCGGAUGCUCAUGAAGUUUGGAGAUGAACCUGUCACCAAGCAUAGUCGGGCAUCCUUGCAGGUGCUGGGCACAGUAGGUGAACCCAUCAACCCUGAAGCCUGGCUGUGGUACCACCGGGUAGUAGGUUCCCAGCGUUGCCCCAUUGUGGAUACCUUCUGGCAAACAGAAACAGGUGGCCAUAUGCUGACCCCUCUCCCUGGUGCCACACCCAUGAAACCUGGUUCUGCUUCUUUCCCAUUCUUCGGUGUAGCACCUGCAAUCCUGAAUGAGUCUGGGGAAGAGCUGGAGGGUGAAGCUGAAGGUUAUCUGGUGUUCAAGCAACCCUGGCCAGGGAUCAUGCGCACAGUUUAUGGGAACCACACACGUUUUGAGACGACCUACUUUAAGAAGUUCCCUGGCUACUAUGUGACAGGAGAUGGCUGCCGGCGGGAUCAGGAUGGCUACUACUGGAUCACUGGCAGGAUUGAUGAUAUGCUCAAUGUAUCUGGACAUCUUCUGAGUACAGCAGAGGUGGAAUCAGCACUUGUGGAGCAUGAGGCUGUUGCAGAGGCAGCUGUGGUGGGCCACCCUCAUCCUGUGAAGGGUGAAUGCCUCUACUGUUUUGUCACCCUGUGUGAUGGCCACACCUUCAGCCCCACCCUCACCGAGGAACUCAAGAAGCAGAUUAGAGAAAAGAUUGGCCCCAUUGCCACACCAGACUAUAUCCAGAAUGCACCUGGCUUGCCUAAAACACGCUCAGGCAAAAUCAUGAGGCGAGUACUCCGGAAGAUUGCUCAGAAUGACCAUGACCUGGGGGACACGUCUACAGUGGCUGACCCAUCCGUCAUCAAUCAUCUCUUCAGUCACCGCUGCCUGACCACCCAGUGACCAAGACUCUUGUCCAGGAUUUCCCUGUGCGUGGCUCUCUGAACUUCUGCCCAUCCACCCUGCCCCUGCCCAGGAAUACAAGAGCCAACAUUGGUUGACACUUUGGUUGAAGCUAGGGAGAAUUUCCUAGACUGCCAGGUAGAAGAGACAGGGCACAGGUCAACCUCAGACUGAUAUGCUCCUAGACUCCAGAGGUCUCCAAGCCCAGAACAGAGACUAAACACUAUAUCCUCAACCACAGUUAGCUAGUCCAAGUCUAAGUGAGGGCCUAGACAGAAGCAGGACAGUAAUCCUUUCAGCUUUCUGGAAAGCACCAGUUUCUUAUCUUGGGCAAGCCCAAGCCUUUAGAAAUGACAGUUUGUGAGUCUAUGAAUAAUUAUUUUUUUAAUUCUUUGUUGUUUCUGUUCUGAGUCUGAAUUCCUUGCCAGAUGGUAGCACUGUCUGCCUAUUUGCUCAAGAGACUGCAGGUGGGUUCAGUCUCCAGAGGGUUUUCAUAUCAUCUGCUUCAUUGAAAGAAUAAGAUAUGCUCUGUUCCUAGAACCAAGGGAGUUAACGUUCCUAGCCCUGCCCCAUGAACAGAACCCUGCCCACAGCGGGCACUCUUAGGGGAAACUCUUGUUGUACUUUUUGUGCUCAAGACUCACUGUUGUAGGAAUAAAGUUUAUGAGCUCAAGAAGAGAACUGGUUUUUUAGGUAUCUGUGUGUUCAUUAGCUGCUCUGAUGUGUGUGGCAGAUGGGAAGAGCACUGUUAGUCCCCAGACUGCCCCAGAACCCUUUGGGCAGAACCAGGCAAAGCUUCACUCUCAAGACCUCUCACAAGCCUCUAAGCAAGAGUGACUGAAGUCAGUUUACAACUAUGAUGUCACAUCCAGUGCUUCUUCCUGGGACCCUGUCUUGACCCUACAAUCCUCUGGAAGCAUUAGCAAGUGACUAAGGAUUAGGACUUGAGGGUCUCAUCCACAGGAUCUGAAACCAGCGAGGUCCCAAGUCACCUUUCCGGCAUAUCUACCUCCCAUGGGCUGCCCUCCUCCCUUUGGUACAUGAAACAGUGAAUUGUUGAAUCAGCAUCAUUGUUUUAUUGAGGGCAGAGCUGGGGAAAGUCUGCUGUUCUAGCCCCUUCCUCCUGUCACUUAGUUCUACCCCAAGUCAGGCACUAGAACCCCCUGGAAAGGUUCAUGAGAGGGCAAUGAAGAUCUGCAGGGCUAUGGUCUUUACCUCAAGCAGCUUCUCCCACACUCCAAGAUCUGGGGACCUCCAGCACUCUUCUAAUGGAAUCAUAGCUUUUCUGGUCCUCAGAUGGAAGGCUGAGAGAAGGAACCCAGGAUUUUCCCUUCCCUGAAGACCCUGGAGGUCUAUGGAAGAGACAAGCUUCCCUAAGGUGGGGACUGGAGUAGCCCCUCAGGAAUUAGGAGAGGAAUGCCAAGUACAGGGUAGAAGGUCUUGAGUGAAGUCAGAUGUGCCCUCACACAGGGUAGGGGUUGUCCAGGACUGCUACUCCCGCUGCCACACCUCCGUCUGCAUGUUCAAUAGCUUUGGUUCGAAGCAGAUGCCCCACAUGCUUGUUCAUCACAAGUGUUGUUCCCUGUCUGUAGAAAUGGGGUCAGGAGACAUACAACAUUAGGGAACUAGGCCCUUCUCUGGUCCCACCUGACUGGCAGAUUGGAAGGGGCUACAUUUAAGAAAUGCUGGGACUUUAGAAUCAGAUUUGGAGUUGCAUCCUAGCUUGGAAAUUAUAAGCUCUGAAGCUGCCUAAAAAUGUCCUUAAUUUAAAAUUGAGAAAUACCUCUUAUAUUACAAGAUAGUCAUAUGGAUUAAAUAAAGCAAGAAAAGCAUA